AUGGGUGUGCCAGUGAAGAUGGGUGUGCCAGUGAAGAUGGGUGUGCCAGUGAAGAUGGGUGUGCCAGUGAAGAUGGGUGUGCCAGUGAAGAUGGGUGUGCCAGUGAAGAUGGGUGUGCCAGUGAAGAUGGGUGUGCCAGUGAAGAUGGGUGUGCCAGUGAAGAUGGGUGUGCCAGUGAAGAUGGGUGUGCCAGUGAAGAUGGGUGUGCCAGUGAAGAUGGGUGUGCCAGUGAAGAUGGGUGUGCCAGUGAAGAUGGGUGUGCCAGUGAAGAUGGGUGUGCCAGUGAAGAUGGGUGUGCCAGUGAAGAUGGGUGUGCCAGUGAAGAUGGGUGUGCCAGUGAAGAUGGGUGUGCCAGUGAAGAUGGGUGUGCCAGUGAAGAUGGGUGUGCCAGUGAAGAUGGGUGUGCCAGUGAAGAUGGGUGUGCCAGUGAAGAUGGGUGUGCCAGUGAAGAUGGGUGUGCCAGUGAAGAUGGGUGUGCCAGUGCGAUAG